CUUAUCUUGAACAUUGCUUUAAGACACUUCACAUUUAAACUAACAAAAUGUCUGAGGAGAAUUUAGCAGCUGUGUUACAUGGACCACUAGAUGUUAGAUUUGAAAAAAUAUCUGUACCUGAACCUGGCCAUAAUGAAGUGUUGCUAUCUAUGGGGUCAGUGGGUAUUUGUGGGUCUGACAUAAAGUACUGGCAGACGGGCAAAUGUGGCAGAUUUACCGUAGAAGCUCCAAUGGUGAUGGGACACGAGGCUGCAGGGACAGUGGUGAAAGUUGGGCCUGGUGUGCAAAGUCUUAAAGUUGGUGAUCGAGUAGCCAUAGAGCCAGGUGUUCCGUGUCGUAUUUGUCACCUGUGUAAAACUGGCCGCUAUAACCUCUGUAAAGAUGUGUUCUUCUGUGCCACGCCCCCUGAUCAUGGUAACAUGUGUAAAUUCUACAAACACCCAGCAGACUUUUGCUUCAAACUACCGGAUCAUGUCAGUUUAGAUGAAGGUGCCAUGUUAGAGCCUCUAGCUGUAGCGUUAUACAGUUGUAAGAGGGGAAAUGUUGGUCCGGGUAGUCGUGUCCUCAUAUGUGGAGCAGGCCCAGUUGGUAUUCUGGCAAUGAUGGUAGCUAAACAGAUGGGAGCUGCAUCUGUACUUCUUACGGACAUAUCAGAUAACAGACUGUCUGUUGCCAAGUCACUAGGUGCUAAUCAUGUGAUCAAGGUCAAUACAGAUGACCCUAAAGAAUUAGCCAAUCAAAUUGAAGCUACUAUGGGAUGUCAACCUGAUGUCAGUAUAGAAUGUAGUGCUGUAGAUUUUAGUUUUAGAACAGCCAUAUAUGCAACUUAUCCAGGAGGCAGUAUUGUAAUGGUUGGCAGGGGCUCUUUUGAUGUCACUAUACCAUACACUAUAGCAGCUACUAAAGAAGUGGAUAUUAAAGGACUGUUCAGAUAUGCCAACUGUUAUCCAGCUGCCCUAGAUUUUGUGGCAACUGGUGCUAUAGAUGUGAAGUCAUUGGUCACUCAUCAUUUUCCUCUACUGGAAACAGUGGAAGCUUUUAAAACAGCCAAGUCACCCAGCAGUAAUGCAAUGAAAGUCAUCAUACAUUGUGAUCAGUGAAAAAACAUCUUCAUAAUUCUGUUUUGUUUGCAAUUAAAGAAUAAAUAUUCACAC